AUGGUGCUUGAUACCCAAACCCUUCCCUACCUCAACCCCGAAAAGGACCGCCGGACGGUUCUUAUCACGGCUGGCACGUCAGGUGUAGGAUUCUUUACUGUGCUUCAACUACAUCUACAUGGGUACGUUGUAUACUUGGCAGGCCGGUCCAAAAACAGAGCCACCAAGGCCAUUGAACGUCUUCGAUGCGAGCUGGCUGCAAUCGUGGAAGGCUAUAGUCUGGAGCAGAGGGCCAAACGAUGCUUGGGAGAGUUGCACUACCUAGAGAUGGACUUGGCGCGGCUCUCGUCCGUGUUGGAGACCGUGGCUGCUUAUCAACAACUUGAGGAAAAUUUGAACAUUCUAAUAAACAACGCAGGUGUCCUGGUGCUGCCUUUCACUGUGACAGAGGAUGGGUUCGAGUUGCAGCUACAGACAAGCUACAUAGCCCCUUUCCUCUUGACUAUUAAACUACUUCCGAUGUUGGAAAGGACGUCAUACUAUCAUCCUGAAGCUGGUCCUGCGAGAGUGAUUUACGUCAGUUCCGUGAUCCACAGGAUGGUGGUAUCUCAGUUCAACUUGAGCACGAGUCUAAACUACUAUCCAAACUUUAUUUUUACUUGGUAUAGAUUUGCAGUUGCCAAGACCGCAGGAAUCCACUUCAUGAAAAUGUUGGCUUUGCGCAAUCCUCGUAUUUUGUGUGUCUCGGUGCUGCCAGGGAACGUCAUGAACACUGACCACUUCUCAUACCUCACUCGUCUCCCAAUAAUCGGAUUUAUCUUCUGGUGUAUUUUCCAGAUCUGCUCCUAUUGUUUUGGAAUCACUUCGCAGGAAGGAGCCAACCCUGUUGCGAACUGCUGUAUGAGUACCUCUAUUACUACCACCAAGGACAACGGCUCCCACUUCCUAUCUUCCAAUGUCAAAAAUCCCUCAAUUAUUGCCAACAACAUGGACUAUGCUGCACAGACAUGGAUCUGGACUAUUCAUCAACUUGGGAAACGUAAAAUUGAUAUAUCAUGA